GCAGACCACCAUUGCCUUCCUUUUGCUAAUUGGAAGUUUGUUUGGGAAGUAAAGAAAUUAAUUUUGAAGGAGAGCAACCAUGUCUACUCACCCAAAAGUUCCUGGCGAGCCAGUCAACACCGGCACGGCCCUCCUUGAGACAGCCACCGCUGCAAUUCAAGGCUUUGGUCCCGUCAACAAAAUCCACCAGCACCUCUGCGCCUUUCAUUUUUACGCGCAUGACAUGACAAGGCAAGUGGAGGCACACCACUUCUGCGGGCACCAGAACGAGGAGAUGAGGCAGUGCCUAAUCUACGACAGCCCCGACCCCGACGCGAGGCUGAUCGGGCUCGAGUACAUAGUGUCGGAGAACUUGUUCUUAACAUUGCCAGAUGAGGAGAAGCGAAUGUGGCACUCACACGAGUACGAAGUGAAGAGCGGAGUUCUGUUCUUGCCCGGAGUACCGGGCCCCAUUCAGCGCCAAGAUCUUGAAAAAGUCUGCAAGACUUACGGGAAGGUUUUCCACUUUUGGCAGGUUGAUAAGGGCGACAAUCUCCCUCUCGGCCCUCCACAGCUCAUGAUGGCAUUGACUAGAGAUGGCCAGCUCUACGACCACCUCGCCCGCGAUGUGGAGAAGCGUUACAAGGUAUCAUUUGAGAAGGAAAGGGAGAGCAGGGCUUCUAUGGAAGGGCCUGAGCUCGGGAUACACCCAAUGGCUAACGGUGGAGGUACUGGUUUGAAGACGGUGCUGCGGGAGACGGAUUGCAAGCCUCCAAUUCGGUCCAGUCACAGGGUCUUUGUUUGAUCACACAUGGUUUCCCUAUUUUGUGUAAAGGAGAGUUCAAACAAACAAUAUAUUAUUGUAUAUCAAUGGAACUGUUUGGUUUUCAACUUUGUUUAUUUUAAAAUAUCAUCGAGGAAUAUGUUUGUCGCUCUUGUACGUAUAUGCCUAAUCAACUCAGUCAAUUAUCGAUCGAGCCACCUCUUAUUUGUAUUAAGUUCUUGUUUGUAUUAAGUUCGGCUUUACUAGUACACAUAAGUAUUAUG